AGCAAUGGAUCAGGAAAUAAAAUCUGAAUUUAUUAUUUUCAUUAUCUGGAAUAUAUACUACAUUACUUUCACUUAAGAAAAAAAACUUUUUAUUGGAAUAAUGCAAAGAAAUAAAAAACAAAAUAACCGUGGACCCUUACGGGCAAUUUCGAUCGCCUUACCAAAUGUUAAUAAUAUUAAUCCGACUUUACCAAUAAAACGGACAUUUAUAACUAGCGCAAAUUGUGAAGAUAAGCCUCGUUUAUCAGUGGAUCAUAUCUCGUCUACACCAGUGUGCCGUGUAGUCACUUCGAGGCUGUCUCAAAACAAAACAUCAGAAAGUUCUACUGAAAUAUUACCAAUGCCCUUACGAUCAUCAUCCUGCCGUUAUGACAAAGAAAAUUUUAAUAAUCAAAAAUCUGAUAUACGUCGUCAUUUCCCUAUUCGCAACAGUAUCAACAGACUGUCAUACGUAGAGACCGAUAAUGCGAAGGCAUCUGAUAUUACCGUUGAUUCUCCGCUUACUAAUUCGUGUAAUUGGAAUACGAGCUUAUCAUCUGUGGAUUCAAUUUUUUCAUUUGGCGAUGCAACACGCAAACGACAUCCUAGCUCCAGCGAAAUUGAUACAAAAGCUAAGCAGUCACGCUAUACUGAAAGUCAGAAGUCUGUGAAGCUGAGAAAUGACAAGGAUACCAUUUGCUUGACAAUGGGUGCUGAGGUCAAAACUCAUCCCAGGUACAAUCUGAGGAAGAAUGCACUUGAUGUGGAAAUCAAUGAAGAUAAUGUACAUAAUUCUAGAAAGAAUUUGGCUCCUAUUUGCCCCGUCCCUAUGCCAAGUGGCUUUCCUCUUCAGCUUCCAAUUCGUUACUCAUCUGUUUCACUUCCUUGGGAAAUGAAAACCGACACUAGAUUAACUUCAUCAAGAACUGUGGAAACACAAACUUCACCUACUGGCACUAAUCAAACUUCCACGGGUGAAAAACUUAGAGGUAGACGGCAUACAGGAUUGGGUCUUCGUAGUUCUGCUACUGCUCAAGUUCUUCAAAAUUUAAAACGAAAAUUUAGCCAUCUGAGGAGAGCAAUCAGUGCUGAUAGAAUAAACAAAAGUUCUACGCCAUCUGACAUCCGAGAGUCCCAUAACUGUAAUUGUGCAUCCCUUCCCAAAAAUCCAGAAAAACAUAAUGAUCUGUCAACUGAUUUAAAUACACAACAAAACCCUGAAGCUACACCCUACAAACUUACUUGUAAAGUUGUACGUAAAAAUCCUGAUGGCUCUAUUCAGAUCUCGUUAAGACGUUCAUCAAUAAAUGGGCAAUUCGGGUUUUUUAUUGCUCGUGACUCUAAAGGUAAGCUUUUGAUAAAUUUCACUGAUAUUUCGUCAUUUAAUGUUUUUACUAUUACUGUGAUGUUAAUAUCAAUUUAAUGUAUAUCAAAAAAAGAGGAUGUACUCAGUUUGUACACUAGUUUACUUUGUACAUAUUCGAAUAAUAAACCUAAAUAUAAUAUCAAAUUUUUCUCUAAUUGGAUCUCUUAUUUUAUCUUUCAGGUAUUUAUGUGACUCGGUUAGGUAGUGUUCGAUGUGCAGCUAAACUUUGGGAUGUAUUUCAUGUUGGUGAUAGAAUUUUAGAAGUUCAAGGUCUCUCAUGCGAUAAUUUAGACGUAGAAGAAAUUCGAAAUCUUAUACGUGGUUGUGAACUUGUUGAAUUUAAAAUUAAACCAUACUCUCAUACAGAUUCCAAUUUUUCACGAAAACAUUCAUUAUAAUUGAGUCUUUCUUUGAUUUAUUUAUUAUUUCAUUCAGAUGAUAUGUAGUUGUUAUUGCCUUUUAUUAUUAAUUUUAUAGCCAUCUACUUAUUGUACAAAGAUUUCCAGAUUCUUAAACUAAGAUUGUAAAGAUUGUAAAAGAUUUUGAUUCUACUAUUAUUAUGACAAUGAUGAUUUAUUGGUACUUAUCAGAGAUUUAAAUAUGACCCUUUUUUAUUAUUUCUCAUACAAGAUAAUUUAUAGAUUUUUCGUAAUACUUUUCUUGUUUCUGUACAUAUGAAAAAUUUUUGUUCAAUAACAUGAUUAUUUACAUUUAUCUGUUGUAUCUUCAUUCUAUGUUACUUGUAUAGUUGAUGAAAAGAAAUUCUAGAUUUAU